AUGGACGAUGUUUGUUUCAACCAAUCCAAUAGCCGUGUCAACCAUCGUGUUGUUGGUUCAUAUAUAACAUUUCGUUUCUGGAACCCAUCCACUAGAACAAUAUCUAAAGCACUAGGCCAUUUAUGUUUUUCGAGUGAUAGGGUUAAUCGACGCCAUCAUAGGGUUAGUCAAUAUAGAUCUUUAAAGUUCGUAUUUGGUUAUGAUAAUUUAACCUCUACUUAUAAGGUUGUGUCCCUAAAUUUUCAACCUCGUAAUAGGAUAACCGAGACAAAAGUUUUUAGUUUGGUUGAUAAUGUCUGGAGAAAUAUUCAAAAUUUCCCUGCGGCUCCACUUCAGUUUGUCUAUCGCUUCCACCCUGUCUAUCGCUUCCACCAUGACUAUGAUGGUGUUUAUUUGAGUGGCACUGCUAAUUGGUUGGGUGUUUUUGAAUACAAGGUUAAAUCUCUUGAGAAUUAUGUUAUUAUUUCUCUUGAUCUGGGAACCGAGACAUACACGCAGAUGCAUCUUCCUCAUGGUUUUGUUGAAAUGCCUCGAGUAGACCCAACUAUUGGUGUGUUGAUGAAUCGUCUUUGUUUUUCUUAUGAUUUUAGACUAACUCAUUUUGUUAUAUGGCAAAUGAUGGAUUUUGGAGUUCAAGAAUCUUGGACACAGUUUCUUCAAAUUAAUUAUUUGGAUCUUCAAAUUAGUUAUUUGGAUAGUAUUGGUUACAAUUUUAGAGAUAAGGAAUUAUUUAUGGUGCCAUUGUAUCUGUCGGAGAAUGAUGAUAGAUUGAUAUUGGGUAGCAGUUUAGAAGAGCAGGCAAUUCUGUAUAAUAUGAGAGAUAACAGUGUCGAAAGAACUAGAAUUACCAAUAAAAUAAGAUGGUUCCUUGUCAAGGAAUAUGUGGGAAGCUUGGUGUCAACCUCUGAAUAG